AUGGACAUCGGCCCAAAGAAAGAAUGGGGAGGAAAGAAAGUGAAACCCAACAUAUAUAUGGCGUAUUCUAGGAGUGAUGCCAUGGAUGCAAGCCCGGAUGAUAAGAAGGGAAGGCUGGCCGAGGUCCAAAUGAACCCUGAUGCGCCGAGACAAGUCCCAAUGAUUCGGCGAAAGCUAAUCCUGGACGAUUCUGAGGAUGAAAUCCACCCUCUGCUGGCAAAGGAGAUGUUAGAUCACCGGAAUAAAUCUGCAGCUAAGAGCAACAGGCGGCGCCUUGUGAAAAUGGCACAAAAAGACGGGGUUGCUGGAAAAGACGACAAUUCCAAUAUGGGGAUGAAGGCCCGGUCUUCUUCGGCUUCUAUUUCUCACCAUGAACAUAACAUGUUGACUGCUGUCGGGAGUAGGGGAGGUUCGGGGAGACAAAGAAACCGACCUCACCUGCGGGACCCAGUUCACGCGAAGGACGGGCACGGUGUAGAUGAUACGCACGUUGCGGCCGAUCCUCCUCCCAUGAGUGCUGAUGACAACCUUCAGAGCCCCUAUGCUGAAAAUGUGGAGGACCUGGUUGAUACCUAUACGGAGGAGGAUGCUUACCGCUUUGAGCUUAAAACUCGAACACCAAGGAAGACAGUCAUGUAG